UUUGUAACACUCAUUUUCUUCCUUUUUCUCAAACUCUUCAUCCUCUUCACUUUCUCUUUCUCUUUCUCUUUCUUUCUUUCAGUUUUCUCUUUUCCCACUUCUCUAAACCCCAUAAAUCCUUUACCGUUAACACCAAUGAUUUCUAUUUCAACCGUUUAAACCCGACCCGAAACCAUUAACGGAUCGGAUCUGUUGAGAGAGAGAAAAAUGUACAAGAACCAGCUUCAAGAGCUGGCACAAAGAAGCUGCUUCAACCUUCCUUCCUACACGUGCAUUCGGGAAGGUCCCGAUCACGCGCCGCGGUUUAAAGCCACCGUUAACUUUAACGGCGAGAUCUUCGAGAGUCCUCAGUAUUGCUCCACGCUCCGUCAAGCGGAACACUCUGCUGCUGAGGUGGCGCUCGGCUCUCUCUCACACCGUGGUCCUUCUCAUUCUCUCGCCGCGAAAAUCCUUGAUGAAACGGGAGUGUACAAGAAUCUGUUACAGGAAAUUGCGCAACGGGUAGGUGCACCUUUGCCGCAAUACACGACUUUCAGGUCAGGUUUAGGGCAUCUACCUGUUUUUACCGGGACAGUAGAGUUAGCUGGAAUUACAUUUACCGGUGAACAUGCGAAGAAUAAGAAACAAGCAGAGAAAAAUGCAGCUAUGGCUGCUUGGUCGUCUCUAAAGCAAUUGGCGAAAGAAACUGCAAGCUCCUCAACUGAACCGGAGAACAACGAUGAACUAGAACAAAUCACGAUAGCACGGGCCUUACUAAACUACCGUCUGAAGGAAAAGAUGGCAAUGUCCAAUCCAAAUGCUCUGAUUCCAUUUCCAAAGAAGUUCCAGUUUCAAAAUCCCAGACCGACCAGUCCUCAACCUCGACCAGCGACAUCGAAGAUACUUCCCUUAAUUUGCCAAAAGACAGCACAUCGAAGCAGGCACCCUGCAAUGGCAUCGUCCAGCAGUGAUCAUAAUUCCAAUAUGUCACCACUUUUUUCUGCACCAGAAAAUCGAUGGAUGCGUCGCCCAAAAUUCCCUGCAGCAGGAGCAGCACCAUAUGUUCCGAUUCGACAUAUGCGAUCACCUUGCCAGGGAAUUGCACCACCAGUUACCAUAAGGACUGCAAUACCUGUAUUCUCCCCGCCACCAGCCGCAGUGUCUCCUCAAGUAAUGCCGCUUCCUCCUGUACGAGUUGCUGCUCCGAUCAAUAUUCGACAAGCAGUUCCAGCAUAUGCCGCUCCACAAGUUCGAAAAGACGAACCUGCUCCCAUCAGCAAAGACGAUCUAGCGCGAGCACUAUGUGCCACUCCACCACUUCGAGUAGAUGAACCUGUUCCCAGCGUCAAAGUUGAUCCAGCACCGGCAGAAAAUGCUACUCCACCAGUUCAAGUAGAUGAACCUCUUCCCAUCAGCAAAGUCGACCCUGCUCCACCACUUCAAGUAGAUGAAUCAGUUCCCAUCAGCAAAGAUGUGUCAGCACCAGCUGUUCAUAAAGAUGAAUCUGUUCUCAUCAGCAAAGAUGAUCCAGCGUCAACUAGUAGUGCAGAUAAAACUGACACCAAAACUGAGAAUAUUCCAGCAGAAUCUGAGGCAAUGCAGAGAUUGGAGCAGCUGAAAAUUUGAUUGUGAGAAUCUAGAGUUUGUUUCUCAUACAUCUUACAAUGAGUGAUGUAAAACAUGAAGGUUAGCAUGAGCAGUUGAAUGAAUAUAUAUGUGAAAUUGAAGGAGCAGUUUAGCACAUAAUUUGCUCAUAUUUUUGAUAUUGUUAUCUAUGUUGAUCAUAUCGUAUCUUAGUACUUGUGAGAUUCUUGCUUA